GGCAGAAGGAGGAGAAGGAAGAAGGGCAGGAGGGCCCCGGCCGGGUCCCGACGGGCUGAUGGCAGCGGCGGAGGGCGAAGGGGGGCGGCCAAUGAGGGCGGCCGGAGGGGGCGGGGCGUCGCCGUCUAUUUUGUCCCGCGGCCGCUGAGGGGAAGCGUCGUCGUUCAUAUGCAGGAGGGUUGGCGGCCAGCGCGGCUUCAGCUCCGGGCCUGGGCUGCGGCGGCGGCGGGAUCCUCGGCGGCGGAGGCGAGCGCGGGCCGCCCGCACCCUGCGCAGCACCCGCCGCUUCCGGGCCCCCCGACGGCCGCGGCCGCCCCCGGCUCCCGGCUCCCCUCCGUCCGCUGCAGCUGCCUCUGCCCACGGGGCUCACCUCCCCUGCUCUGCCUCGCCGGGGCGCGAGCCCGGCUCCAGCGCCGUGGACCCGGCUGCCGCUGCUCCCGCUGCUCCCGCUGCCGGCGGCCGUGCCCGAGCCACAGAAGAGUAGGCAUGAAACCCUGAAAGUAUCUUCAACGUAAACUCUUCAUCUGUAAAAUGGAAGUGUAAGUCUUGAGACUGACUAGUGUAGAUCCAGCGAUGGCCCAAAAUUUGUGAAGUGGGACACGGAGGAGCACCGAUGCUUGUCAGCGUGAGCAGUGGAAAAGGGACCCCUACCAUGGUAACACUAAUAACAGAGAAGCUGCAGAACCAGAGCUUGGAUGAUCUCACCUGUAAAACAUACAAUAUUAACCUGUACUCAUCUGAGGAGCUGAACAAAAGUGGCAGCUUGUUCCCUUUCGAAAUCAAUGUAGAAGAAAAUCCUUGGAAAGUGUUGAAUGGAGGAUGUCCAAUCCGAACCGAAGUGACCAAGGUUUCAGCUUUCCCUUUCCCAUCAUGCCCAUUUAGUUCAGCAAACAUGUGUCUCCAGUGGCAGAAAGAAUCCCCCAGCCCAUCGACGGUGUCAGGAUGGAUCAGUGAACUCAACCUGAAUGAAAACUCGGGGCAGCCGCUGGCCCCGCCUCCCAAGCGACACUGUCGAUCCUUGUCGGAGCCCGAUGAGCUGGCUCGCUGCCGGUCACCAUGGAAACCUGGCAGUUCCAAGGUCUGGACUCCAGUCUCCAAAAGACGAUGCAACAGUGGCGGCAGUGCCACCUUGCAGCGCUGCAAUAGUGGUGGCAGCGCCACCCUGCAGAGAAGCACCAGCAUCAGCCUGCCCCAGAGCAUCUUGUCGCUCCAGAAUGUGUUCCCCAUCACCAGCUUCCACACGUCUCCAGUGCCCAGGCCCUCCUCGGCCAGCAGUGGCUUUGUGGACAGCAGUGAGGGCAGCACCAGUUCCAGCAUCCGCUGGAAUUCUGCCGGACCUUGUGAUUUUAACCCCAGGCGUCGCCUCUCUCUCUCCCAGGAGCACAUUCCCGAGGUGGGGAACCUCUUGCCUUCAGCUAAUAGCACUCCCACUUCCACACCAGAGCUUAGCCGGCGCCAAGGCUUGUUGAGAUGCCGCUCACAGCCUUGUGUACUGAACGAGAAGAAAAGCCGGCUAAAGCGCAGACGAGAGGAAGACAUGCGGUGGAAUCGGCCAUCUUUAGACUUUUUUAAAAUGACACGGACUCUAAAAAAUUCAAAAAGUCUUUGCUCCCUUGAUUACGAAGAUGAUGAUGAAGAUGAUACCCAAAUGAAGACAAUUGUGUCCUCCCCAUGUGACUCAAAUGACCUCAUGAGCAUCAUCACCCCUGGUUCCAGUCCAGUGAAAGAGCAGCUGGAUGAAGUUAGACAUCACGGACCAUGCCAAAUUGGCUUCAGCACAAGGGAUUGUGCGAAAGCAGCUGCAGGAUGUGAAAGCGAUGAAGAAGACCCCAGUGAUUGUGAGAGUGCCGAGGAGGGCAUAUUUCCUCUGGACUGUGGGGACCUAGAUCUAGAGCAAAUUGAAAACAACUGAGUCAGUCCUAGAGUUGGGGUUAGAAUCAGUGAGUUUUUCUCAAUUUCCACUGAUAGCGGAUUACCUUUGCCAUGUGUAAUCCAUAUCCCCGAACGUCUAUAGUGGCCAUUGUUGAGGGGCUAUGUUUAAAAAAAAGAAAAACAAAAAAGCCAAAAAAAAAAAAUUCAGGUGGGGGAAAUGGGAAAUGAAGUGAUGUCACCUGUUUAUAGUCUGUUAAUCAGUAUAUGGACAGAAAAAAAAAUAGGUUAAAUGUUAUUUUGAACAUUAAGGAGUAAUUUUGAUUAAAGUUUUCCUAACAAAAGUAUUUUGCAUUUUUAUGGCUUUUACAGUUGUGGAGAAAUCUUCUCUAUUUUGAAAUGAAUUUCCUGAAGGGCAUUUUAUUAAAGUCAAUCUGCCUACAGUGAUUCUAGUGCGGGUAUCCGUUCCUUUUGUUCAAAUGCUUACUGGGAAAAACUGAGUUGUGUAAUGUAAUUGGUAACAAAACUUCAGGUAUCUGGAGAUCAAAACUCUUGAAGUCUCCGAUUGACACUUGGUCAGAAGUGCUUGUCCAUCAUUACUUCGAGUGGUUACAAGACCUCUUGAACCGAGACAAUUUUUCCUCCUACAUUCAGACUUUUUGAUUAAAAUGUAGUGCUGACCUUACAGGUUUAAUAUUUCCCCAGCUUUCACUACUUGAAUCUUUUCUAGCCUGAAGCCAUGCUAAUUCAGGCGGGUUAAAAAUUCAAGUAGCUUCCCUGCUUGGUGGUCAAUAUUAUGUUUUCUGUGCUUCAGAAGAAUGUAUGACAAAGAGCACUUGAACUUUUAGACAGGGGCUUUGUAAUGCAAUGAUCAGUUCCCCAGGAGGUGAUCCCUUGAGCAAUACUAGACAGAACCUAGUCCUUGAAUUCAAUAAAAGACUUUUUGCUUUGCA